AAAUUAUUAGGGUUCGCUCCUACACUGCGGAGUGCCGGAGUAGAAGACUGAUCCCCGCUGGGCUCGGUUUCCCCAAACGAAAACCUCCCUCCCUCCUCGACUUAUCCCCAUGGGCAAGUCCGGCGCCAAAAAGAAGAAGCCCGCCGCCGCCGCCGCCUCCAAAUCCCCGCCCACCUCGGCCGAGCCGAAGCCGACGCCGACGCCGUCCCCGUCCCCUUCCCCCGCGGCGAACGGCGCGGCGCCGCACCAGGUGGUCGACGCGGACGUCCUCCUGCGGCGCGCGCACGAGCUCAAGGAGGAGGGCAACCGCUUGUUCCAGUCACGCGACUACGCGGGGGCGCUGCGACAGUACGACCUCGCGCUCCGCCUCGCCCCGCGCGGCCACCCCGACCGCGCCGUCUUCCACAGCAACCGCGCCGCCUGCCUCCUCCAGCUCCGCCCCGUCGACCACGAAGCCGUCGCCCAGGAGUGCUCCCUCGCGCUCCAGGCCGAACCGCGCUUCCCGCGCGCGCUCCUCCGCCGCGCCCGCGCCCUCGAGGUCCUCGGCCGCCACGAGCUCGCGCUCACCGACGCCCUCGCACUCCUCGCGCUCGACCCCGACCACCGCGACGCCAUCGACCUCGCCCACCGCCUCCGUUCCCGCGUCAACGCGUCCUCCGCCACCGCUUCCUCCACGCCCGAGCCCACCAGCCGCCCCUCCCCCGCUGCUCUUGGCGCCUCCGCCGUCGUCACCGGCCUUGGCCCUUCCCUCCCCGCCCGCCCCUUCCCCAAGAAACCAUCACUGCCCCCUCCUCCUCCGCAGCCAGCUCCCGCGAUGUCGAAAUCUAAUCCACAGCCAUCGCCCAAGCUGGUACCUUUCUCCAAUUCUCCGACAUCUUCAGCCAAGCCUUCGGCUGCUGAUGGCUCUCACAAGGCGGCGCUUACACUGCCGGUGCCCUCUUCGCUGCCAGCAACAACAGCAGCGCUUAUAGACAGAAAAGUUGUGACGAGAUGGAGACCUCUCAAGCUGGUGUAUGACCACGACAUUAGGCUUGGGCAGGUUCCAGCGAAAUGCAGCUUCCGGAUGCUCCGGGAAUUUGUGGCGAAGCGGUUCCCAUCAUCCAAGGCAGUGCUGAUUAAGUAUAAGGAUGCCGAUGGUGAUCUAGUUACUAUCACAUCCACGGAAGAGCUCCGAUUAGCCGAGUCAUUUGUUGAUAAAGUUGGCCAUGAGGUGGUAGAAAAUGGAAAGGCCAGUGAUAAUAAGCUCCCGAUGUUGAGGCUGCACAUUGUUGAAGUAAGCACAGAACAGGAGCCGUCUUUUCCAUCAGAAGAGGAGAAGUUGGAGGAGGAUGAGGAGUUGUUGGUCAAGGGUGAAGAUACUGCUUCGGCGGAAGUAACUGAAUGUGAGGUGACAAAGCAAGAUGUGGAGAACAGAGUUACUGAACAGAGCAUGGAGACAGGGGAGAAAGAUUGUGGCCAUGCUGAGUGCAAGGAAGCUGAGGUUGAUGAUUGGUUGCUUCAGUUUGCUGAAUUGUUCCGGAAUCAGGUUGGGAUUGAUGCAGAUGCCCAUCUAGACCUUCAUGAGCUGGGAAUGGAGCUGUGCUCUGAGGCUCUUGAGGAAACGGUGACAAGCAAUGAGGCUCAGGCCCUGUUUGAGAUGGCUGCUGCUAAAUUCCAGGAGGUUGCUGCCUUGGCUUUAUUCAACUGGGGAAAUGUGCACAUGUGUGCAGCAAGGAAGCGCAUCCCUCUCGAUGAAUCUGCUCCAAAGGAAAUUAUGGCUGCUCAGCUCCGCACGGCUUAUGACUGGGUGAGAGAGAGGUAUGCACUUGCAGGGCACAAGUACGAGGAGGCCCUUAAAAUCAAGCCAGACUUUUAUGAAGGGCUUCUUGCUUUAGGCCAGCAACACUUUGAGACAGCAAAGCUUCAUUGGUCAUUUGCAUUGGCAGAUAAGGUUGACUUGUCUACAUGGGAUUCUUCAGAGACAUUCAAGCUUUUUGAUAGCUCCGAGCAGAACAUGAGGGCUGCAACAGAGAUGUGGGAGAAUGUGGAAGAACAGAGAAUGGUUGAGUUGAAAGAACCAGGUGCAGGUGAGAAGGAUGAGGUAUUGAGGAAAAGGAGGAAGCAGCACAGUGGAGAUGGUCAACCAGAGUUGACACCAGAGGAGGCAGCUGAGCAAGCAGCAGUAAUGAGGCAACAAAUUCACCUCUUCUGGGGUAAUAUGCUUUUUGAACGCUCUCAAGUGGAGUUUAAACUUAGUGUGGGUGAUUGGAAGAAAAAUCUUGAUGCGUCUGUUGAAAGGUUUAAGUUGGCUGGGGCUUUAGAGUCAGAUAUUUCCACAGUUUUGAAGAAUCAUUUUUCCAAUGCAGUCUCGGAGUUUGAAGAGAAGAAAGUCAUGACUUCAGGAACAGAAAUUUCCCAAACAAAUGACAACAUUGAGGACAAAUGUGUGGUUGACAUCUAAGUUCUCAUGCUUUUAAGCUGGAUGACAUCAAUGUGUAACAUUCAACUGCUUGAUAGGCCUUAUUUAUUCUUGAUAAUGUCUUCAUGGUGUCUAUCAUGACAUCCAAAUUAGAGAUUGUAGUGCACUGAAUUUUUGUUAUCUGUAGAACUGGCGCAGAGUCCAUAUGCUCCAUAAAUCUCUACAAUUUCUUAGACAUGUCGUAAGUUGCUUAAUAAAUUUCUUCAGCCAGAUUGAAGGUAUGUCAAGUUAUAUUUUUAAAGUA